AGGAACACAAGCCGUCUGAUCAAAAUCGAACGAUGGAUAACACGCGUGUGUAGUAAUGUCCUCUGGAAUCUAUGCGACACGCACUCCCUUUCUCUCUCUCUUUCUCCGUCUCUCUCCGACUCUGCUAUCGCCCGGUGCUGCUUCCCAAACCCUAAUUAAAACCCUCUACAAAACGCUGUCGUUUUUCACUUCCUCUUCAGACUUGGUGCAGAUUGCGUCUCCUUUUGGCUUUAAAAGCAUUUGUUGCAUUGCUAUGUAAUCAGUCUGUAAAUUGGACACUCAACAACUAAGCAUUGUUACGGUAGAUUAGCAUGGAUGUUCAAGUGAUAGAUGUGGAAGAAGGGAUGGGUCAUCGGGGUGUAGCAAAUGAUGGAGAUGCUGAACUCAACGAAGGUGAAUUAAAUAUUGCUGAAAAUUCCGCAGCUCAUGACGAGGAUGGGUUUGCUGAGCCUUAUGUGGGUAUGGAAUUUGAUUCUGAAGAUGUUGCUAAGACUUUGUACGAUGAGUAUGCCAGACGUUUGGGUUUUAGUUCCAAAGUUGGUCAGUGUAGUCGUUCUAAAUCUGAUGGGACAAUCAUAUCUCGGGAAUUUGUUUGUGGUAGAGAGGGUCUGAAAAGAAGGCAUGCUGAUAGCUGUGACGCAGUGCUUAGGAUAGAGUUAAAGGGUCAAGAAAAAUGGGUUGUAACAAAAUUUGUAAAGGAGCAUAGCCAUUCCUUGGUGAGUCCAAGCAAGGUGCAUUACCUUCGGCCUCGUAGACAUUUUGCUGGUUCUGCAAAGACCAUGGCUGAAACUUACCAAGGGGUGGGAAUUGUUCCGAGUGGUGUUAUGUAUGUCUCCAUGGAUGGAAACCAUGUCCCUGUGGAGGCAAAUCGGGGAGUUAGGAAAACCCCUCCUGCAGAAUCAAAUCGCCCUGUUAAAAACACAGCAGUAAUGAAUUAUGUUGUUAGGCCUUGUAAUCGAAAGAGGACACUUGGGAGGGAUGCUCAGAAUUUACUGGAAUAUUUCAAGAAAAUGCAAGCUGAGAACCCUGGAUUCUUUUAUGCAAUACAACUUGAUGAAGACAACCGCAUGGCUAAUGUAUUCUGGGCAGAUGCAAGGUCAAGGACAGCUUACAGUCAUUUUGGUGAUGCAGUCACACUGGACACAAUGUACAGAGUAAAUCAGUAUAGAGUGCCGUUUGCUCCCUUUACUGGGGUGAAUCAUCAUGGUCAGAUAAUUUUGUUUGGUUGUGCAUUACUCCUAGAUGAUUCGGAGGCUUCUUUUAUUUGGUUGUUUAAAACAUUUCUUACGGCAAUGAAUGAUCACCCUCCUGUCUCUAUAAUCACCGAUCAAGACAGAGCGAUACAGACUGCUGUCUCUCAGGUGUUUCCAGAAGCCCGCCACUGUAUUAGUAAGUGGCACGUUUUAAGAGAAGGCCAGGAAAAGUUGGCUCAUGUAUGUCAUGUGCAUCCUACUUUUCAGGGGGAAUUGUAUAAUUGUAUUAACUUGACUGAAACUAUUGAGGAGUUUGAGUCAUCUUGGAGUACAGUCCUUGAUAAAUAUGAUCUCAGGAGAAAUGAUUGGCUUCAAUCAUUAUAUAAUGCUCGUGCUCAAUGGGUCCCUGUAUAUUUUCGGGAUUCCUUUUUUGCUGUUCUAUCUCCAAAUCAAGGAUUUGAGGGUUCAUUUUUUGAUGGUUAUGUGAAUCAACAAACCACAUUACCUAUGUUCUUUAGGCAGUAUGAAAGAGCUUUAGAUAGCUGGUUUGAAAAAGAAAUAGACUCAGAUUUUGAUACAAUUUGUACCAUGCCAGUACUAAGGACACCAUCGCCAAUGGAAAAACAGGCAGCAAAUCUCUAUACAAGGAAAAUUUUUGCGAAAUUUCAGGAGGAGCUAGUUGAAACAUUUGUGUAUACUGCAAAUAGAAUUGAAGGUGAUGGAGCUAUUAGCACAUUCAGGGUUGCAAAGUUUGAGGAUGAUCAAAAAGCAUACAUUGUGACAUUAAACUAUCCAGAUAUGAGAGCUAACUGCAGUUGUCAAAUGUUUGAGUAUUCUGGCAUUCUUUGUAGACAUGUUUUGACUGUCUUCACUGUGACAAAUGUGCUUACGUUGCCACCCCAUUACAUCUUGAAACGAUGGACUAGAAACGCAAAAAGUGGAGCUGGAUCAGAUGAACGUGGUGGUGAAUUACAUGGCCAAGAGUCUCUGACAUUACGUUACAACAAUCUAUGUCGGGAAGCCAUCAAAUAUGCUGAAGAUGGAGCUAUAGCUGUAGAAACCUAUAAUGCAGCAAUGGUUGCUCUCAAAGAAGGUGGGAAGAAGGUUGCUGUUUUGAAGAAAAAUGUUGCCAAAGUAGCACCUCCUAGCUCUCAGGUUAGUGGGAUUGGCUAUGAUGACAAGAAGAACUCUACAUCAGCUUCAGAUAUGACCCCACUGUUGUGGCCACGCCAAGAUGAGAUGACACGGAGAUUUAAUCUAAAUGAUACUGGUCCUCCUGCUCAAUCAGUUGCUGAUUUGAAUUUGCCUCGCAUGGCCCCUGUGUCUCUUCACCGAGAUGAUGGUCCUACUGAAAACACGGUUGUUCUUCCUUGUUUGAAGUCAAUGACUUGGGUCAUGGAGAAUAAGAAUUCACCACCGGGGAAUAGAGUAGCUGUAAUUAAUCUGAAGUUGCAAGAUUAUAGCAGAAACCCUUCCGCAGAAUCGGAGGUUAAGUUUCAGCUGUCAAGGGUAUCACUUGAACCAAUGUUGAGGUCUAUGGCCUACAUCAGUGAACAGCUAUCAACACCGGCUAAUAAGGUUGCUGUCAUAAAUUUGAAGCUUCAAGAUACUGAGACAACUUCAGGAGAGUCGGAGGUUAAAUUUCAGGUGUCCAGGGAUACAUUAGGUGCCAUGCUGAGAUCAAUGGCUUAUAUACGUGAGCAGCUUUCAAUUGCGGCUGAGACCCAGUCGGAACCUUUACCAAAAAAGCCAAGGAAGUAAAGCAUUGUAAUUGUGUGCUUCCAGUUUCAUACCCAGAGGGGGGUGAAGAGAUCCCUAUGGAUGGAAAAGUGGGUCUCUGCUCAAUGUGCUGGGAUUUCUGUAGUUAUUUGGUUUAUGUUGGAUAGCUUCUCUUUCCCUUUCUCUGUGAGCUUGUUGUCCAACAUAUUUGUACAUGUAAUGUACCAAAUUCAAAAAUUCAAGGCAUCGAAAAGUUUUUCCUAGGUAUGAUAUUGUCCAUAUUGUCUCA